AUGAGCACAGAGGUUGGUUCAUUCUUCUCUUUUUUUUCAAUAUCUUCCCAGUUUGUUGAAGCCACGGAAAACUAGGCCAUUUUGAUGAUUUCGUCUUUUUUUUUUGUGACACUUUACAGAUGCCCUUCGUAAAUGCGUUCAUUGUUAUCGAAACUAGAAAAGAGAAACAAAAAACUCGCACGCAUUUUUGUGGUUCCGCACGAAAGCCUCUUUUUUUAAACGAAGUGUGGCUGCUCGUGCGUGCUUUUUGUGUUUCUUUAUUAGUCUUCAUCAUAAUGAACUCAUUCCCAAGUGAAAUGAACCAGUAUUCUUCCGACGGCACGCAUCUAAAGUCCUGUCAAAUUUCUGUCCUCUUGCGCAUUCGUAAGCAGAAAGCCGAGCGGAAGUUAGAGGAAUUCCACAAAAAUCCAGUUUUUUUCAGCACCAAGAAGGGGCGAGUGAUGUCGAGUCGGAGUCGGAGUCGGACAUGAGUUCCCGAUCGUCGCAGUCACCGUCCACGUCGCCGCCGCCGAUGAAACGUGGAUUACUGCGGGACAGCAGCAGUUCAGGGUCCGAACAAUCUGAUGAGGACGAGCAGAAGCCUCAAGAGAACGGCUACUUGCGGGUGAUAUUCAAGGAAGUAAAGAAAGAAGUCGAAGAGGAGGAGGAGGAGGCGGACGUGAAAUUGAUCCGCGUGGACGAAGGGAACGAACGACGGCAGAAAUUCAAGAGGUUCUUAAACGAAUCGGCCAAGGAUCCGCCGGCCAUGUGCCCGAAACUUGUGGUUAGUAUACCUGUUCGUUAUGGCAUUUCUUUUCAUUAUUGUUUCAGCUUCAAUACCUCAACGACUGCAAGAAAUACGCGUUGGAAAACAACAAAACCUGGCCAAAUUGA